ACAUGACCGCGGCGUCAGUUUUUGCUGUAGCGGCGGUGAUAAACUGUUAAAGGCGAGCGAAGUUAACCUUGCAGCUAGCACAUACAAAUAUACAAAAAGUUUAAACUCGUAGCCAGACACGGUGGUGGCUUUUGUAACCGGAAGCAUCGCUUUACCAACCCGACAAAUCACUGCGCGUGACUUUUUACUUCGCUGCUGUCGUUACGCUAACGUUAGCCUAGCUAGCACAACAUCUGCUAAGCUAGCUAACUAGCAGUCUGGUUGUGUUGCUGUGAUUUUGUCUUGACGGGGAGCCGAAGAAACAUGACGCAGAUUUUUAAUGUCCAGUCAUGGUGCCUGGGAGUAACGUUACAGUUGAUUUUAGGUGCUCUCCUGCACCAGGGUUUUGCCACCGUUGCUCCGCACACAACAGCCCAAACCACCGCUGCGCCGCACAAAGACCCCGGCAAACCUGAGAAAGGUACCUACCAGGUCAAGAACAGCAACGGCACCACCUGUUUACUGGCAUCCAUGGGUCUCCAGCUCAACAUCACCUUUAACUCCAUCUCCCAGAAUAAGACUGUGCAGGAUGUUGUGAACCUGCGGCCCAAUGUGACAAAGUUCUCUGGAUCAUGUGACCAAGACAACGCCACCCUGCAGCUCUCAACGGAUGCAGAAAAGACCAACCUCACCUUUACCUUUACUCUGAAUACUACAACCAGUAAGUACCACCUGAGUGAAGUGUCUCUGUCAGCAGGCUGGCCAGACAUGAAAGAUCCCGUCUCAGCCCAUAACCGCAGUCUGGACUACCUGCGGGGCACCCUGGGGUACUCCUACAUGUGCCGUGAGGAGCAGACUCUGGAUGUGGCAGACGAUUUGACCAUCAACACCUUCCAGGUGCAGGUGCAGCCUUUCGGCCUCACCGGAGAUCAGUUUGGAGCAGCUGAGGAAUGCCAGCUGGAUGAAGACGACAUGUUGAUCCCCAUCAUAGUCGGAGCAGCUUUAGCCGGUCUCGUCCUCAUCGUGCUCCUGGCCUACCUCAUCGGCAGGAAGAGGAGCCACGCCGGCUACCAGACCAUCUGAGGUCACCGGUCACUCUUAUGUUCCCAGAGGCCAGAGCACGCUGUCCCUCCCCUCAGAUUAACCACUGUUUUAUGAGACUUAACACUCCCCUCUUGUCCCCUCUCUGUCCCUCCCCGUCCCUGCCUCUGUGUGCUGUUCUCUGCCCUCAUCAGUAACUAGUCUUCAUCACUUUGUGGAGGUGAAAUGCUCUUUCUGAACUGACCCGCUCAUUCAUAAAAAAAAAAAGGGGCUUUGUUUGGAGAUUGUAUUGAAAUGAUUUAACUGCUCCAUAAAGCCGGGAGUGUUGUUGAUCAGAGGGUCCACGAGAGUCUCACAUUGAAUUGUACUAUUUAUGAUUUCUGUGAAAGGAAUUUUGAGGGAUUUGUGGGAUUUUUGAGGGAAUUGCUACUGUAGCUUUUCUUAUCGUUUAUCUGCUCUGGAGCGACCACCUUUUAGUCGUCGAUGAGGUUUGUUGUUACUCUAAAGGGAAUAUUUCUGACUGUUUAACUUAAUCCACUUCAGACAGUAAAGACUUUUUUUUAUUGUAGCUCUACAUUUAGCCCAAGUAUGCAGAUUUUAUGUAACACACUAAAAACCCAGUCCUGAAAGAUGAUCUGUGAGGUUCAUUCAGGAUUUAAGUUGCUCACUGGGAUUAGUGAUGAUGCGGCUCGUUCCCUCUUGUUGUAUGUUGACUGUGCAUUUGUAAGCUUUGUAAGAUAACGGUGUUUGGGCCUUUUCGCCUCAUUUAAAGGAAUAAUUCAGCAUUCUGGGAAAUAGAUUUAUUAGCUUUGUUGCAGAAAGUUGCAUGAGAAUAUUGAUUCCACCUGGCAGGUGUGCCGUGAAAACAUAAAUAUAGAAAAUGGUUUUGCUGGCUUCUUUAGUGACGCUUCUCCGUGUGAUUGGUCCCUAAAGCUCACUAAUUAACUUAUUAUAUCUCAUUAAUUUAAGGUAUGCUGUGGAGGAUUGGUGCCUACUUGUUGUUAUUGGUGUCAAAGUGAAGUGUUAAAGUGAAAGCCAACCCCAGCUUUUUGCCUCACUAUAUCCCCCCGCUGUGUCCAUGAUUUUUGUAGCUUUCUCUUGGAUGUGUCCUGCUGCUAUUACCUAAUCGCUAUCUUUCUAUGACGUCCAAAUUUCACAUGCACACUGCUAUCAGCUGGGGGCUACACGCCAAUAAACAUCCCCAAAAUGGCAAAAGAAGAAGGAAAUUUUAAAAAAACUAUUAAAAAAGCCAUAAAAUACUUCGGCAUGUAAGCGUUAACCACAACAUGACUUUUUUUGCAUUUCAGUUUUUGUACAGAUUAAAAAAACAAAAAAAUAAAGUGUUUAUUAGUGAGUUUUAGAGGAGCUGGUAGUAAGAUUUAGCACCUUUAGACAGAGCCGGGGUAACUGUUUACCCAGUUUUCUCUUUUUAUGCUAAGCAAACCAUCUGCUGUCUGCAUUUUUAAUAUAACCGUACGUACAGACAUGAGACUGUCGUCAAUCCUCUCAUACAGCUUUAGGCCUGUAUUCCUUGAUGUUUCCCAUAUUGAAGAAAUAUUCCUUUGAAAGAAUACGUCACCAACAAAAUGACAAUUUCAAUAUCAGUAACUCACCCAAUGUUGCAUCGAAUUCGGGUAGAAAACCUCCACGGUGAACGGAGAAUCCAAAAACUGACAGAAUAACUGUUGAAUCGCAGUAAACAGGAAAGUGUUUAACAACAGAAAACUACAGCAAAUAUCAAUUUACAAACUCACACAACUCGUGCAUGCAUUUCGCUAAAACAAUAUAAAUCACCUCUGCAUACGAGAAACGCGCAUGUGCAAGCUCAGUGAAAAACGCGAACAUGCUGACGCUACCUACUUGUAUCUGGAAACGUUUUAAAUAUUGACAUAUUUUAGCAAAAAUACUUGCAGUUUUCUCUAUUUUUGGAUUCUUUGUUCACUGUGGAGCGAUGCGAUAAAAACAAACUUUUCACAAAUUCAAGUCAACGGGGUGAGAAGUUCAUAUACAAAAGAUCGUUUCUUGGGUCCUUUGAACUUACAGUCUUCACUCGUUUGGAUUUUGCUGUUACAAUAUUUGCACGCAACAGGAGUUGCUUAAGAAAAAAAAAACACAUCUGUUGUUUUACGUGUAUGAAAAAGCUCAGGACAUCACUGUAAGAGUGUGAUAAUGUUGAAGUGUUUUACUCCACUGGGUGGUUUUGUUUGUUUUCUUUUCCCCUGAUUUGGGCCCACUGGGGAUUUUUCUUGCUUAAAGGGAAAGACGUUGCACUAAAGUUCUGACAAACAGCCCCAUGUAACAAUUAAAGUGGCCAAAAUGCUCUGGUCAGUGUUCAUCAGUGCCUUCCCAGCUGUGACGGAGAUGGGAUUAAAGUAAAGCCAAUACCACAGAGGUACUCGCUCAUUCGCUCACUGACACUGUGUGCUGCCAUGUCAGGGACAUUUUCUUUGUGUCUCACAUCGCCUUCGUGUACUGUUACUACCAUAAAUAUGCUUUGUUUGAUGUUGUAGGAGAAAGUGCAGAUAUUUGUUUUUUAUGUUGUUUUUUUUCUCCCGCAUCUAAAUGUCCAUGUAGUGAUUUAAUAAGGUUUUAAUGGAUUUGUUUGAACUGUUUUCUAAAGGAGAGGUCAAUAAAAGUGAAUGAACGAGA